AAAUGCUCCUGCCUGACCGCAGCUCUGCGCAUCCGUAACCGGAUCUGAGGCCCGCGGUCAGGGGCCAACAGAUGGGCUCCAUCAGGGGCGGCACUUGGUCGGAGUGUGAAGGGCCCCACGUGUGCUCCUCUCUGCGGCGACAGGAGAACGGGACGGCCCGGGAACGCGCAGUGUGUCAGGCACACGUUCAGGUGGCCCGUCUCCCGACAAAUACCUGCGAAGCCCAGCUCUGUGCAGACGCCACACCGGGUGCCGUGUGUACAGCCGCGGAGAAGCCAGCAGCCCAGAUCGCUGCCUCUUAAGGUGCUGACCGGUUCCCCUGGGCCACAGCCCCGCAGCCAGAACAGCAAAGCGUCGGUGGCAAGAACAUCCCCCUGGAUCCAAGCCCAGCUGUGAGACCCGGGACAGGCCUCCUGGCGGGCUCUCCCCGCCUCCUCCAGCUCAUAGAGACACAGCCACACGCGCCUGCUGCGGCCGCCUGCCCCAGAGCUCCCGCCUGCCCAUGGAGAUGCCUGCCCCUGUCCUGGCAUUGGUGAGAGGCCAGGCGCUGCCGGCCUUCCUGCUCUGCGCCACGCUGCUGGUCAUCAAGAUGUGCAUUGUGGCCAUCAUCACGGGCCAAGUGAGGCUUCGGAAGAAGGCUUUUGCCAACCCCGAGGAUGCCCUGAGACACGGAGGCCUCCAGUACUGCCGGAGUGACCAGGACGUAGAUCGCUGCCUCAGAGCCCACCGGAAUGACAUGGAGACCAUCUACCCCUUCCUGUUCCUGGGCCUCGUUUACUCCUUCCUGGGGCCUGACCCCUUCAUCGCCCGGAUGCACUUCCUCGUCUUCUUCCUGGGCCGCGUGGUGCACACCGUGGCCUAUCUGGGCAAGCUUCGGGCACCCACCCGCUCCCUGGCCUACACCCUGGCCCAGCUCCCCUGUGCCUCCAUGGCCUUCCAGAUCGUCUGGGAAGCUGCCUGCCACCUGUGACCAGCAGCCGACAACUGCUCAGCCAGCAGACCGCUGGCCGCGAGCCCCCGUGACUGUACCCGGAGGGCGCUGGGCGGCCCUUGGAGAUUGUGCUCAGCCCAGGGACCCGGUUUCUUGGCAACCCACCGAGCGCGGGAUUCUGGGCUCCGCGGGCCUGUGUGUGUUUGCCUAUGUGUGUGCACGCGUGUGGGCGGGCGUGCCUCUCGGACUCCUGGGUGGAGUGGCUGCCCGGACCGUGUGGAGAUGGCUUCUCAAGACUGACAGAAAAAUCCUCCCACUCGAGCACCAGCGCAUUAAAAGCCAUGUUCCUUCUCCGUC